AUGGCCGCCCAAGCAGUCUGCAACGCCACCAGGGCGCAAUUCCCGGCCCUGCGCAGGCCGCCGACCGCAGGCUGUCGCACGGCAGCACGGGCGGCGCCGCCGCCGCCGCCCGCCCGCCCGCCGCUGGGCGGCAGCAGCACUGUGCUGCGCGGUGCGCGGCUGCCGGCCCACCGCACCCUGCAGCCUGCUGCGGGCAGGCGCCAUGUGGCGGCGCAGGCCUCGUAUCGCAAUAGCGGACCAGACAUCCCCGACCGAGUGGUGGCCUCCCUCCCAUACCUGUUCCCCAGCUUUGGCACCAUCCUGCUGCCCCUGGACCCCAUCAUCCGCCUCUACUACUCCUUCCCCCUGGCAAGCCUCAUCGUCUUCUUCGGUGUCUACCUGGGCAUCAUCAACAACCCGCGCUUCUCGCGGUACGUGCGCUUCAACGCCAUGCAGGCAAUCCUGCUGGACAUCAUCCUCAUCCUGCCGGGCCUGCUGGAAUCCAUCUUCCGCCCGCCCAUGGGCGGCCCCGGCCUGCAGCUCUACAUCACAACCUACAACUCCAUCUUCCUCUUCCUCUUUGCCUGCGUCGCCUACGGCGUGGGGUCCUGCCUGGUGGGCCAGACCGCCCGCCUGCCCCUCGUGGCCGACGCCGCCGACGCCCAGGUGCGGUGA